GGGAUGGGCCGGCGAGCUCGGUGGCCGCGGCGGCGGGGGCGGCGGGAGCGGCGGGGCCGGGCGGCGGCGGCCUGAGGGGGCCGGGCCGGGGCCGGAGCCGCCAUGAACGCCUCGGUGGUGAAGCGCACGCAGGACGCUCUGGGGAAGGUGAUCAAGAAGCCACCACUGACGGAGAAGCUGCUGAGCAAGCCCCCGUUCCGCUACCUGCACGAUAUCAUCACGGAGGUAAUUAGAAUGACUGGUUUCAUGAAGGGACUCUACUCAGAUUCUGAGAUGAAAUCUGAUAAUGUUAAGGAUAAAGAUGCAAAAAUUAGCUUCCUUCAGAAAACCAUAGAUGUUGUGAUAAUGGUUUCAGGAGAACCAUUAUCUGUGAAACCAGCACGGAUUGUGGCAGGACAUGAACCAGAAAGAACGAAUGAGCUCCUCCAGGCAAUUGGAAAAUGCUGUCUCAAUAAGCUCUCAAGUGAGGAUGCUGUGAAAAGAGUUCUUGCUGGAGAGAAGGGAGACACAAAGGGAAAAUCUCUGCUAACUUCAAAAUCCCAAGACCUGGAUAAUAAGGAGUUUAAAGAAGAAGACUCCAGGACUCAUAAAGAGAAAGAAGAUAGAAGGAUCUCCGAAAUCAAAGACAGAAGCACAAGCCGAGAACGCAAAAUUAAAGAAGAAUCCAAAGAUGAAGAAAACAAACCAAGAGAUAAGGACAGAGAGCGAGAGAAGAGCAAGGAUGGUGACCGGGAGAGGCACAAAGAUCCUGACCGGGACAAAGGCAAAGACGUGGAGAGAGACAGAAAUAAAAACAGAGUCAAGCAGGAGCGAGAGAGGGAGAAGAGCAGAGACAAAGACAGAGGCAACAAAGACCGAGAGUUAGAGCGGGACAAGGAGAGGAAGAUUGAAGGAGGGAAGGAAAAGGAACGCUUGAAAGAGAGGGACCGAGAGAGAGAAAGAGAGAGGGAGCGAGAGAGAGCAAAGGACAAGGACCGGGAGAAACGCAAAGACAGGACGAAAGAUGGGGAGCACUCAAGAGAACAUGAGAAGGACAAGAUCAAGGAGCAAGAGAGACUAGAAAAAAAGUCCACAGGCACAGUGGAGAACUUAUCCAAAAAAUUCUCAGAGCCACCUGUGAAAGACACCAAACUUGAGAUGGACAAAGAGAGUGACAUCACCAAUCGAGUGUCUAGGUCGUUGACCUCAAAAGGAUCAAGAUGGCGAUCCAAAAACUCAGCCGAAGGAAGAAAGGAGGAUAAUAGUGUCCCACCUAAGACUAUUUCAGACCCAACAAUUGGGCUGAGUAAAGAACCGGAGCAGCAAACGGUGUCGCCCGAGAUAGGAAGAAAGGAAGCUAAUAAUAAUUCAGCUAGUGUUUCAGACGGAAGCCCAGCUGGUGUGUGGCAUGAAAACACUGAGCCAGAACCAGCAGCCAAGUUAAAAGGUGACUCCACUAGCGAUGCAGAAGGAGAAGUUGGAGCGGUUCCCCAGGAGAAGCCGGUGAUGCCAGAGAAUAUGGAAAUGCCCAGCGAACUUGCAGCUGGGAUCCCUCAGAGAAGAAUGCCUCGCCCUGGCAGUGCCCGGCCAGCCCCGCCUCGAAUCAAGCGACAGGACAGCGCCGAAGUCUUGGUUCCCGAGAGGACGGGAAGUGGUAAAAUGGUCUCCAACGUGAUUAUCGAUACCCAGAAUUCCGAUGAUGAAGAAGACAGCCAGUUUGUGGUGGAGGCAGCCCCCCAGCUCUCUGAGAUGCCAGAAAUGGAAACGGCACCAGCGGUCGAAUUAGAAGAAGACGAGAAGCAUGGUGGACUCGUAAAAAAGAUCUUAGAGACCAAGAAAGAUUAUGAGAAACUGCAACAGGUCCCAAAGCCUACGGAGAAGGAGAGACCCCUUCUGUUGGAAGCUGCCUGGAAGAAGGAGAAGGACAUCGUGUCCAAGGAGAUUGAGAAGCUGCGGACGUCCAUUCAGACGCUCUGUAGGAGCGCCCUCCCCCUGGGGAAGAUCAUGGACUACAUCCAGGAGGACAUGGACGCCAUGCAGAACGAGCUCCAGGUGUGGCACUCGGAGAACAAGCAGCAUGCCGAGGCCCUGCAGAAAGAGCAGAGCAUCACAGACUGUGCAGUGGAGCCUCUCAAGGCAGAGCUGGUCGAAUUGGAACAGUUGAUUAAGGACCAGCAAGACAAGAUCUGUGCGGUGAAGGCCAACAUCCUGAAAAAUGAGGAGAAGAUCCAGAAAAUGGUGUACAGCAUCAAUAUUAGCUCACGGAGAUGAAGGCCUGAAAGCGACUGGCAGCCCUGCCCAAUUUAACAUGAAAGGGAGGGACACGUGGAUGAGCGAAAGCUGGUCCUUUCACCUCUCACAGUUGGCAAAGAAAACCGUGCCAUCAGCCCACCGUGUGACCGAGCUUUCGAAAUGUCAAUUGUUGGCGGGUGGGAUGACCUGGGUGUUGGGGAGGGGGGAUUUUCUAGUGACACCCAGUUCCCUUUCAGGGCACCCUGCAAUCCCCCUCUGCUUGUGAACUUGCUUGGCUAGUCCCUCUGGGGAGUUCUGGAAAGUACAUAUUGUGGCUACCAAUGAUGUCAGUCCUCUCUUUUCACCAGUCCGAGACCAGGUCCCAACUUGAAAAAUUAUUUGUGGCCUAGAAGUCCUAGGGGAUUCUGUAGGUCACGCCCAGGGAAACUUUUCGCCAGGGUAAAUGAAUUUUUGAUAGUCAUUUUAUACAUAGAACAAAAGGCCUUUAAAACGCUGAAAAUGAAUUCCUGUUUGUGUUGAAUUUGUGUCUGCAUUUGGAAAGGGUUAAUAUAAGUGCACAUGUUCCUUUAAAUACUUGUCCGUCUUCCUGUUCUUACCUCAUUUUAGCGGCAGGUAUUCCUCUCUACCAAUUUGCAUGUCUUAAAAGUUAAAUGAUUUUUUAAACAAAUUUCAUUGUUUUUCCGGACAUGGUAUUCCUAGUACGAAAUCGUCCGGGUCUCCUCUUCUCUCCUCCACAUGUGCGUUGCCACUGGCAGGCUGGACAGAAACGGGUAAGCGAGAGACCUCGGGCUGGCCCAGCACCGGCGGGCGACAUUCUGGUGCCUUUGCCUUGAUUUGUGGGGGCACGUUUUGCAAAACGCUUUGUAGCAACCCCAAAGAGAAGACCAAAGUGGAUGCGUUUAUUCUGGCGUGCUGGCGUGUUAGCAUUUCCAGAAAACCUCUGUUUUUAAAGCCCGUCUUUUUGUAUUAUUUAUAUUGUUUUGCCUUUGCCUGUGACAUUGGAGAGACUUACAGAAGUCUUGAAUUGCCUGGAUAAAGGAUUUCAGUGUAUUUGCAGAUAAACUUCACUGGUUUUCAA